UUUUUAGAAUAAUUUUAGCUAAAGAUUUAGCAAUUCCUUUAAAAACUAUUACUAAUUGCUUAAGUCAAACUAAAGAAAACAAACUAAAAAAUUUGAAUAUUUCUGAAAACCACCUCAAGGAAAUUAAUUUAAAGAACAGUAAUUAAUUUCCCUAAGUGAUCCCAUUGUUGUUUUCAGUUUGUUUUUGUGAGAAUCAGCAGUGUUUUUGAGAUUGAUGUUUGUUUGAUAACUUGCAAUUGCUCAUUCAGGUUAAUUUUCGAAGCGAACGACCUCAAGUGCACUUUUGAAAUGCUGUAAAAAUGCAUGGUUUAUUUUCGAUGCGCCGUUCUAAAGAAAAUUGCUGUCCUCUUCGUUUAUUUUGGUUAAUCAUUGCGUUUGUUUACUAACAACGCGAAAACAAAAACAACUUCAAGUAGCAACAACAAACAAGAGACCUUAGCGCGCUAUCGCAUAACAAGGGGCCUGGUAACCUUGGGCCCCAUUUUAGCGACGUUACGCCUUUGGCGGGAACUAGUUUCGGUGUUAGGAGAGCAACACCAACAACACGUGUUGCGCUCACCGACCAAGCCGUUGUUGACGGCUUAUCGCUAAGAGCGUGCCUUCAAGCCAAUUAUGUGCCAAAAAUCAAAUGUAAUAAUUGCCAAAGCUCAACCGGUUUUGAAUCUGGCGCUCAGAAAAUACGGCCCGCCAAAAUACCAAUUAUCAACUGGAAUUUCAAACAUCUGGCACCUCUGCAAUGCGCUCGAAUAUGGCCACACUCGAAAAAUGCGGAAGCAGCAACAACAACAAAGCAAAAAAAAAAACAAAGGCGAGAAUUAAACUAUAAUUGACUGCAGUUUGCAAUUAGAGCGAGAGAGUGAAUGGGUAAAAAUCGAUACGCGCAGAACCGGCGAUGGAGCAGCGGGCCAACUUCCUGGCACUGACCCUCCUGGACGCCCUGGAGGACGAGAACGAGUCGGACAUAAUGUCGAUGCUGGAGCGGAACAGCAUAAACGCGGGCAUCGUGCCCUGCGAUCGGGGCCUGGCGCCCCUGCACUACGUGUGCGGCAUGCGGAACGGAGAGCUGGCCCAGCGCAUCCUGGAGCGGUUCCUCGAGUGCCCCGACCUCGAUGUGGACGCCCUGUGCGACGGCCAGACCACGGCGCUGCACAUCGCCAGCAUCUACGGGCGGGCUGAUCUGGUUGGGAUGCUGCUGGAGCGCGGCGCUCGGGCGGAUCUGGCCGACGAGGAGAACAAGCUGCCCGUGCACUACGCCAUCGAGGAGUGCCACUUCGAGGUGCUGCAGCUGCUGCGCGAUCACAUCUUCCGCCAGCGACAGCGCCAGAAGAAGCACAAAGAGCGAGUGGACGCACUCACGCCCAAUCAGCAGAGGUACAAUCAUGAUGUCACCUCGCCCUACUACAUCAACAUCACCCACAGGCGGCACCGGCCGCAGCCAAAGUUCCCAGAGCCAGCGGAGAUCGAGUGCGUCGAUCCUCCAACUCUGCCGGAUGAGGAGUCGGUCAACCUGUUCGCCCUGACCGAAGCCCAUCUCACGCAGCUCAUCCAGAGCCAGCGGGAGGACCAGCCGGCCGAUCCCGACCAGCCAAAGCGGCGCACUCUCAUAGAGAGCUGGCGCGAGAAGGUGGAACGCUCGCGGGCCCGCCAGUCCCUGUUCCACCAGUACAACGAGCAUGUGGAGGCGCUCGUCGAUGAGGCCAUUGGGCAGGAGGACUUCAGCUACGAGCAGCACCUGCAGCACCAGCUGCAGGGCGAGGCCAAUCCGAAGGGUCAAGCGGAGGACGCUCCCUGCUCGGGUCGCCAGGUGUUUGAAUUGCUGGUCGAGCAAGUGUCCCAGGCGGUGGUCGUGGAGCCCGAGCCGGAACCGGAUCACAGUUUCUUCACAGCACAGGGUGAGGAGGAGUCUGUGUCGGAGAAGUCUCCCCGCCAGGAUGAGUACUUCCUGCAAAUCAAGGAGGCCUACGUCCACACGGACGACGAGAAUGGCUUAGUUUUCUAUGAAGCAAAGUUCCUGCAGAAUAGCGACACUCGGCAGCCGACCGAACAAGCUCCCAAAGAGAAGAAACCCGACCUGGACAGCACCGCGAGCACGAAUCACACCCUGCCUCUGGACUACGAAACGGAUGCUCUGCGUCGGGAGUUGACCCAGUUGGGAGCUCCAGUGGGUCCCAUUACCAAGACGACCAAGCGGCUCUACAUCAAGCAGCUGAUCAAGUACAAGCGGAACACUGAGGCACUCCUGGCCGCCCAGAAGCACGCCCAGGAGGCGCAGAUCCGGUACUCGGUGGAGCUGCAUCGCACGCUCCGAUCCCCGGAGGACUUCGCCAGGAUCAGCGAUUACUUGCCGCAUGAGGCAGCCUCGGCCGCGCAUUUCGCCAAGUCCGGCAUGCCCAAGAAAAACCUGCGGGAGGGCCACCUCAAGCAGAGCUUCAUCUACAUGCUGAUCGACCCGCGCAUCUCGCGGAAUCUGCCCGGGGAGAGCGCUUUCCUCGAGAAGUUCGGUGUGUGGCAGCGCUUCCUCGACUCCAUUUUCUACGUGGGCAAGGGCAAGUCCUCGCGUCCGUACGCCCAUCUCUACGACGCCAUGCGCCAGCACACUCGCCUCCACCAAAAGCGGAACAAGGAGAAGACGAAGGGGGAACGUGGCGGUGGAUUUCGCGCCCUGCAGCCAGAGGUUUUUCGUUCGCCGCCGCCGGGGGAUGGCAAGAUGGGAAGCCGGAAGCUUGAGCGCAUCCUGGACAUUUGGCAGCAUGGCAGUGGAGUCGUCUGCCUGCACGUCUUCCACAACAUCUUACCCAUUGAUGCGUACACCCGCGAGGCGUCUAUAAUAGACGCCCUGGGUCUCACGCACCUCACCAACCUGAAGCGCGGGGAUUACUACGGGCCCGCCCAGUCGUGGACGAUGAAACAGAAGAAGCAGUUGGGCAUUGCGCUGCUCCUCAAGGCCAUGCACAUCUACCUGGCGGAGGGAGAGUCCCAGCUGUCGCCAAGCGACCUCCUCUGAGGGAGGGACCGAAGUUGGAUGGGACAGGUCCUGGCAAUAGGCACCAAGUACAAAGUGCAGCGGCGCAAUUCUAAAAUGUAAUGUUCAAAGCUCGAUCUCAAGAUUGUUUAUUGUAAAAACGCAACAAAAGAGGAUAGUGAAAAGCGGAAAAUGGAAAGCUGGAAAUGCAAAGUUUAAAAAAUAAGGAUGAAGGAGGAUUUACAAGCUGCUUUCAUCGAAAUAUUAGUUUUUAAAUGGCAUUGAAAUAUUUCGGUGGCUAGCCUUCAAUAUAUACACAUGUUAAUUCCAAACAAUAAAUAUAUACUAUUCAGGAGAAAAAAGGUUAUAUUAAUAGUUUUUGUUUUGGCCCAAAAAUAACUGUUAUGAUUAAUAGUUAAGGGUCUAUGUAGUUAAUAGUUAAGGGUCUAUACAAAUUAAACUUAUAUUGUGAAGGUUAUUUGUGUGGUAAAAAUGAAAUUGGUAAAAUAUUCGAUUUCGGCCCAAAUCCACCAAAUAAAUAUGAUUUCGUUCAUUAAUUUAUUUAUUAAUGCACAUGUGUAUUAUUCAUGCGUGGAAAUUACAUGUAUUUUUAAUUACAGUAUACAAUUUUCGUAAUUGUUAAAGCUGCAAUUAAUUAAGUAAAAUAGAUUUGAUAAUCAAUUAAGUAAAUUUAUUUUAGGUGGUUUUCCUAAAAGUAAAAAUCAUUGACCAAACCCUUUAAUUUGCUUGGACAACAUUUGGUUGUUUCCAUUUCGAAAGGAGUGAGAAAAAAAACCACCCUUAGGAAACACCCUCAAAUAAUUUUCGUGCAACAUUUCUCGAUUCUGCAUUAGCACCACUCGAAAUCACAAGUACAAGAGCAAUGGGAGCCUAAAAGCAUGCUGCACCUUUUGACCGGUUGCAAAGUCGUCGCUUGAGAAAUUUUUGCGUGCGUGUGCGCAUACAAUUCCCAACUGGUUCUAGCAGCGCCUGCAUGGAGUAGAUGUCGAAUGGCAGCGAACAGUUAUCUUUGCGCAGUGGCAAUACCGUAACCGAUGAAGUUCUACUGAGGUGCGGUUAUUGCUAGUUGAAAACUUUAACCAAUACCCCGCCAUGGGGACGUGAAAUACCGUCCACUACGGCAAUUUUUGGAAGCCCGAGAGGGCUAAUUCGAUAAUAAAUAUGACUUUGUAGUUGAUUAUAAUAAUUUUGGGCUAGUUGGCCAUGCAAAAUAUAGUCACAUUAAACGUGUGCAUAGAAUGUCGCUCACUGAAAAGAAACCAUCUACAUCUUUGAGUAAAAGAAAUCUUCGGUAA